GGUCAACAAAGGCACGUGAUUCCCGAACGCUCUCCCAUAUUUGGCCGCAUACCUGGCAAAGUACAGUAGGGCUUCAUUGCUUAUAAUUCAUGAUUGCAUCCAUAAAUCGUGCAAGCACACAGGAUUAUAGCGACAAAGAUCUACAAAUCGAGGCUUUAAAAAUCCAAGCAAAUGAGCUCUUACUUUGUAAACUCGUUCUCAGGGCGCUAUCCAAAUGGCUCCGACUAUCAGUUACUAAAUUAUGGGACUAACGGCGCUGUGAGCGGCUCCUUCAGAGACCCUGGCACCAUGCACUCCGGGUCUUUCGGCUACAACUACAAUGGCAUGGACCUAACCGUGAACCGCACCAACACCGGCGGCCACUUCGGGGCUGUGAGGGAGGAUGCCCGGGGAUUUGGGGCGGACGCCCGCUACAGACAGACGCCCAACUGCUCGCUGUCGUCUCCAGACCCGGUGCCGCCGCCGCCGCCGUCGUGCGCCACAGCCAGCCGGGAGCAGCUGGAACUAAAAAGCCCCUCUCCUCCCUCUGACCGGAGCGCGACCUCGGGCGGCAGCAGCCUCAACAAAAGCAACAGCGCUCAUUUCACGGAGAUAGAGGACGCCACGGUCGCAUCCGAGAGCGAGGAGGGCGCGCAUAGCAGCGGCGGCGGAGGCGGCGGAGGCUCCUCCGGCACGGCACCGCGGGCGCAGCAGCAGCAGCAGCAGCAGCACCAGGAGCCCAACGCCACCUCCUCCACUCCCACAGCAAACGACUGCCAAACGCCACAAAUAUUCCCGUGGAUGCGGAAGCUGCACAUAAGCCAUGAUAUGACUGGACCUGAUGGGAAAAGGGCCCGAACUGCGUACACCCGCUACCAGACGCUAGAGCUGGAGAAAGAGUUUCACUUCAAUAGGUACCUAACCAGACGGCGGAGGAUAGAGAUAGCCCACGCCCUGUGUCUUUCCGAAAGACAGAUCAAAAUCUGGUUUCAGAACCGCAGGAUGAAGUGGAAGAAGGACAAUAAACUGAAAAGCAUGAGCCUCGUAACGGGAGGGAGCGCCUUCCACAACUGAAUAACUUUUUGGUGGAGUUAAAAAAAAACACAGAAAGAAAGAAAAAAGAAAAACAUAAUAAGUUAAAAAAAAAAGAGAACCCAUGAGUACUGUAAAGCUAUUUAAAGCGCAGCACCUUCCAGCAUGCCAUUGUGAUAGAAAAAGAAGUAUUCUGUGGUCUUAAAAUGCCAUUUUUAGUUCACUGUUGUUGUAGCUUAGAUGUGGAAAAUAAGAUGUAAAUAUCGCAGGGCUGGGGAGUUAUCUGUCCAUCUCUCCUCUCUCUUUCUGUCUCUUUCUGUCUUUCUCUUGAAGGUGUUUCAACUUGAGCUCUUUAUUGUAACUUCUCCGCGGUCUAACAGGAGUAAAUUCAUUGUACAGUAAAAACAAAACAAAACACACGUUUAAAAAAAGGAAAAGAAAAGAAGAAGUUUCCAAACCACAUGCUGCUCUUCAUUGAAUGUAAUGUAUUCCGGGGGCCAUUCAAAGCGCUUUAGUGUAACUUUUACUGCUAUUUUUGAUGGUUAACUUGUGGCCAAGAUCCAUAAACUUUCAAGCCAAUGUGUAGCUCUAGGAUAUUUUGUGCAUCUGUUAUUAUUAUUAUUAUUAUAAUUAUUAUUAUUAUUACCAUUGUUUAGGACUAAUUAUGAGCAAUGCAAAUGUAUUCAACCUGUCAAUGUGAUAAAUUUUUAGUGCAAAGGGUUAUUCUGUGGAUAGGCAGUGAUGUAAGCUUUUUUCUCCAAUAAGCUUUUUGUAUUUGUAAGUGAACUCAUAGCGCUUGAAAAUAAAGUUUCUCUCAAUUGCUUUGAACGUGUCUCGACUGUCUCAUCGAUUAGAAUAAAAACAGAUUAGGUUUUUCUUUUUUAAAAAAAGGCAGGCCAUAUUUAAGUGGAGAUGCGCAAUUUUUUCUGUGUGCGUGCGUGUGUAUGUGAGUGUGUGUGUGGCUGCUUUUCACCCGCAUUUAACUUAUUAAUGAUUAACCUGAAGGAUUUGUUAAAAUGUCCCACACACAAACAAGAUUUCGGGUCAAUUUUUGACGCAUUGUUUUUGGCGCAGACACAGUGAAAAAGAAGACUUUUUAAACACUUACCUCUCUGCAGCGAGAUGUUUGCCAUGUGGGAAAAUAUGUUGCUGAUAAAAUCCACCUUUAAAAAAAAAGAGGGGGUAAAGCUUUGGCUUUACAGGUAUAUAGGCAAGGCUGAAGUUGGUAAAAAUCCCCCUUACCAAAGAUUGUAUAGGCCUAUAUUACUUACAGACUGUGAAAAGUCACGUGAGGUCCAUAAAGUUGGUUUUAUGGUUUUGGGGAGUAGACAAUGUACUAUAUAAUUCACAACCUUGAAUGAAAGUGACGGCUUAACUGCGUGGAUGGGACUGCAAAGGCUGGACUGGGGAAGGAAGUGGUGUCCACUCAUGUUUAGUUAGUUUAAGCUGCUGCGCGAAAACUUCCAAUAACUGUUACGCAUUAAAAGAGUGUGGCUGCUAAAAUGUUAUUUUAAAAACAGUCUAAAUAUUAAGAUUUAAUUGCGCAAAUUUUAGUUCUGAGUUUGAGCCACAGAGCCACAUUAUUUGUCACUUUUAUCAUGAAAAUCCUAAACGUUUUGCUGUUUGAACAUCCUCAUUUAGAGGCCCCUGUUUCUGCUCAGCGUGGACACAUACUGGCCGAUUUUCAUACUUAAAAGAAAGUAAUCCAAAGUUUCUUUUUCAAACACAAGCUGAUUUUUUAGGAGGGAAAAUAAAAUCUCUUGAAGGCUAAUGAGAAGCUUUAUAGAGCUGCCAUGCAAAAACGAACUUGAGCGAGGUCCUGGAGUGAUUUAUCCGAAUCUGUCAAGUCACCGAGCGGCCAAAGGUGAAGUCUCGGACAACUCCGAGCUGGACACAGGCUUCACUGACUUUACAUAAAGAAAAGCCAGGCUAUGUGGGUCCUGGAGUGCAUUGUCUGGCGGCCACUAAUAAAACAUAAUGAUAUUAUGUGCAGGAAAGCAAAAGACUGCAAGAGACUUCUGCAAUAUUUCCAAAAGUAUUUCCAAACUCAUUUCAGGUUUAAGAAAAAAAAAGAGUAAAAAAGUAGUGGUGGGCUAUAUGGGUCCCAGACAUUUUCCACAUAUUCAUAACUAUUAAGUGGCAAUUUAGCCAGCGUAAUGAGUAUUGCAUAUUGAUAGGGGUAAUCUGUACCCGGAUCUCAUGCAUAAUUCAUGGCGGCGGGGAUCAUCGCUGGGUCAGGAGACGGUAGAGACUGCAGCCCGCAGAUGCGUCAGGAGGAAGACUUUGCACUGUCACCACCGAGGCUCAGGAGCGCAAUAACGCGGUGCUUUUGCACAGGAGAGAAGAGGCUUCAAUGCUUAUAUUUCUCAUAUUUUUCACAGUUUAUAAUCAGGGUUUCAAUCACUCCAAAGCAGCUGCGUAAAAUUAACAGAAUUCAGCUCCACUUUGCGCUUUUGUUUGCGAGAAAACUGAGUUUAAAAAAUGUGGCGAUGCACGCUGAGUUAUAUAUCUCCUGUAUACAUUUACAGAAUUUAGAAUUUAGCACAAAUAUUGAAGUCUUAGUUUCAAAAUCAGCAAAUAGAAAUAUAUAUAUAUACAUAUAAUGUUGUAUACCUAAUAAUAGAGAGCGUAAACAUAAGGAGUUUGUAUUUAUUUGCACAUAAAUGUUAAAAUCAGCCAGUCACUGUGAACGACUUUAAUCAAAAUCAUAAAAUGCAUGAAACCACCUUGAACAUUUUUGUUUGUAUGGGUGCUCAACAUCUGGAAGGCUGUGUGUGACUUCACAGCUGCUGCCGUUUGUUUGUUUGUGUCCGUGAGGUCUCUGUAAUAAGGCGGCUGUGCCAGCAGAGGGCGCCUCAGACCGAGCAGGCUGAUGAUGGAUGAGGUUUCUUUCUGGGGUUUUUGCCUCCAGCUCGAGCUCUUAUCAUCGGGGGCGUGUAAGUUACAGAGAAGAACAGAGAAAAAGACGAGCUUUGUUUAUCUGUUAUUUCUUUCGGUUUGAUCAGGUCGAGUGGAGGGAAACACAUUUAAUCCUGCGCGCUCUGGGAGUGAAGCUGCUUUUUGAUUUAAAAAUAAUAAUAAUAAUAAAAGGUUGGGUUCAUUUUUCUUUACGUUAUCUGGAGAGGCAAUAAUCAGACUGACUUCAUGUACUUUGUACUAGAGUAUUUCUACUUUGUGUUAUGCUCUAAUCUGUAUUCCAUGUUAUUCCAAAGGUGUUGAGGCCUUUUUACUGCACCAUUUUUAUCUGUAUUUAAGAUCCCAAACAUUUUAUAAAGUUUUAUAAGGUGUUUUAAAAAUUACUUUCUUAAUGUGAAACUUC